AUGGCGGUAAGGCGGGAGGAGGCAGUCAAGAUGCCGAAAGGCAUGAAGGCCAAAAAGAAGACUUCCUCUCACGAUAUUGUUCUACUUGGUUCCACUGGAAGUGUGGUCACUGUUAGAACGGUGACGCGCACUUGAAGGAGAAGCCCCAAAGCCGAAAAUCCUCGGGUUUGAGGAUGCAGUAGGUUACUGUAGAGACAUUCGAAACCGGGUCGCCGUGAAAACAAACUCAUCUACUACCUCUUUAGCUGGUCGGCUCCGAGAUGCGUGAGAGUUAUAUCGGACCGGGCGGCUAUCGACGGACUGUUAGUGGGUCAUGGCGGUAAGGCGGGAGGAGGCAGUCAAGAUGCCGAAAGGCAUGAAGGCCAAAAGAAGACUUCCUCUCACGAUAUUGUUCUACUUGAUUCCACUGGAAGUGUGGUCACUGUUAGAACGGUGACGCGCACUUGAAGGAGAAGCCCCAAAGCCGAAAAUCCCCGGGUUUGAGGAUGCAGUAGGUUACUGUAGAGACAUUCGAAACCGGGUCGCCGUGAAAACAAACCCAUCUACUACCUCUUUAGCUGGUCGGCUCCGAGAUGCGUGAGAGUUAUAUCGGACCGGGCGGCUAUCGACGGACUGUUAGUGGGUCAUGGCGGUAAGGCGGGAGGAAACAGUCAAGAUGCCGAAAGACAUGAAGCGAUUGUGGACUGCUCAAACUACAAUAUCUCUUCCAACUCCUUUCUCUCUCAUUCGGGACUCUGCCAGUUUUCAAUAUUAUUGCAGGAGGAAGGUUCACUUUCUCUACCGGCAUGUGGUUUCGUUGCUAUUUGACAAAAAGUUAGUGAAACGAUCAGUACCUUGAAAAUAAUUUGUUCCAGAACACUUGUACUUGGAAUGCGAGCGAAGAAUUAAAGUAUUUCUACACUCGGCUCCCCAUUUUCGGCGACUCUUCUGACGGGACGAUGCAAACAACACGAAAAAAGGUGAGAAUGCGGAAAAGAUUGAUGGUCGGUUCACGAUGCUGUUAGCUCUACUUCGGUUCUGGAUUACAAUGCUUCUUUCAGAUUUCUCAAGAACGUCGUGGAUCUGAUUGACUCCGAUCAUCAUCGCUCCUACAUCAACUGGAACUAGAAGAAUAACCAGAAUGCACUUGAUUCAGGGAGGGAGGUCUGUUCUAUCAACUGGUCCCAUAAAAGCGGACAGUUGACUGGAUAGUCACCUCCUUCAGGCAUUAUUUUCAUAGGGAUCGAGUGCGUUUAUCGUGAACCCCUUCAGCACGGAAAAUCCUGUGGAGGCGGCGUUGCCCUCCUCUUCAAGCCCUCCGUUCUCGUCACCCAAAUUGAUAUUAACCUCCCACGCUUUUACGGUCUCCACAGAUGUGAAGUCCUAGCCUGCUCCAAACAGUCUUCCGUCUAUGCCUCUACUACCACCACUGUACCCUGCCAUACCCCCUCACCCGACUCGCUUAUCGCUCCAUACGCAGUGGAAUUCUUCCUCCGAAAACUCCCCCUACGAUGUGGAUUCCCCCCUCACCCUGCAAACCUUCUGAUCCUUAAGCGCUGCUCCACUCCUCUUGCUCUGCCGCUGUCCAUAAUCUUCUCUUCGUCGCUUUCCUCCUCUUCCGUGCCCUGCACUUGGAAGCACGUCUCGGUCAUUCCCAUCUUCAAGAAGGAAAAUCCCGCUAAUUUCCCCCAACUUUCGGCCAAUUUCUCUUAACGAUCCAUUCGCCAGAGUCUUUGAGUGAAUAAUCUGUCAUCGUCUACGAUCCGACCUCUCCCAUAAAUUCAGUCGUUACCAGAGUUGAGCGGAAUUCCGUCUGCCGUCUUCCGUCUUCCGUCUUCCGUGGAUUUUUUUGUUCCGUCUUCCGUCUGCCGUCUUCCGGGAAAAAAGUUUUCUUCCGUCUUCCGUCUGCCGGCUUCCGUAAAAAAAAUUUUUUUCCGUCUGCCGUCUGCCGUCUUCCGGAAUUUUUUCUUCUUACCGUAAAAAAGUAAUAGCUUUUCAGAAGCCAUUUACUAACCCCGAAGAACGCGAAUUUCCACGGGCAGUGACCCAGAUCCAAAAUUUUUGUUGCUUUAGUUAAUUAUUUUUAAAAAACCGGAAAAAAAGGUUCUGCAUUGACGAUUUUUUGUUCCGUCUUCCGUCUGCCGUCUUCCGCGAAAAAGUUUUCUUCCGUCUUCCGUCUGCCGUCUUCCGUGAGAAAAAUUUUCUUCCGUUUUCCGUGUUCCGUGUUCCGUAAAAAAUUUUUUCUUCCGUCUGCCGUCUGCCGUCUGCCGUCUUCCGGAUUUCAAAAUUUCAUUUCCGCUCAACUCUGGUCGUUACCAGCAUGAGUUCAUAUCUAACCGUUCCUGUACAUCAGCCCUCAUCCAUUCCACAUUCCUGUACAGUCACAUUCUAAGCGAGCCCUAGUCUCUCGACAUUAUUUUCUUCGACUUCGCCAAAGCAUUUGACCAAGUUUCUCACGAUCUCCUCAUCUCCAAACUCUGCCUCUUCGGAGUCUCCCCCCUCUACCGCAACUGGUUCUCUGAUUUCCCCGCCGGCCGCACCUUUUCCGCUCUAGUAAAUUCCGCAUCCGACCCAUCCAAACACCCGAUCUCUUCCGGUGUUCCCCAAGGCACAGCCUCUGGUCCCCUCCUCUUCCUCAUCUACAUUAAUGAUCUACUGCUCAGACUUGAAGGACUUGUCCACUUCACCGCAUUCGCCGACGAUAUCAAAAUCUUCUCUCAUGAUCCUUCCGCUUUACAGUGUGUUGUUGACCUACUUGUCGAAUGGGCAGACACCAGACACCAACUCCCUUCCCUUGGCCCAUCAUAAAACUUUUCUUCUGCAUCUCGGGUCCAGGAACCCCCGUCACACGUACACGAUUGCCGGUAUCCCCAUAUCAUCCUCCUCUUCACUAUUAGUCAGGGCUACUACUCCUUUAUAAGAUCAUAACAGGCGAUGCCUAUCUCCCUCAAAUUUCGCAAUUUUUAGGUUCUACCUCCUCAAAGCGACGCCCCAUGUUACUCACUUGCUAUCGUCAAAAACUGUAAUUCCUUCAUUUCCCCCUCCCAAUUCCAGUCACUCGUAGAUAUCUCAAUUGUUAAAUAUUAACUCCACUACUACAUAAUGUUCACUAUCCUGUACCCCCUACCAAGGGCGCCCUCCUCUUGCGGGAAUGGUUCCCUUCCUUUCCUAUUCAUCUUGCAGUCCCCUCUUCCCCCCUUUUACCGGUGUUUCUUUUUCUGCGAUGAAAAAAUGAAAUUGAAAUUGCUCCAGUAACCAUGCUUGUUCCGAUGACUAUGAGAGAAUCAUCCGAGAGAAUCGGUGAGUCCUAAACAAGACACGUUCAAUCGGAAAAGUACAUUAGAACCAGAUAAAAGCGCUAUAUUCACCCCGUGGCAUUAUGACAUUGGCGCUCUAGCUUGCCAAGAAAGAAGCAUCCCAAAAAGAUGCAAAAGCGAACCUAGGACUGAAAAAGUACCGUUUUCAUUUAGACAACUCAACUUGUGGCCAACAGUUUAGCAUUUUUCCCGCUGGAAUCUUCUAGUCUUCUAGAUCAUGCGUGAGUCGCUGAUGCUCGUCACCGCUCUCAACCCACACAUCGGAUACGACAACGCCGCGAAGAUCGCCAAGACGGCUCACAAGAACGGAACGACUCUUGUCCAGGAGGCCGUCAAGCUCGGAAUCCUCAACGAGGAGCAGUUUGCCCAAUGGGUGAAGCCAGAGAACAUGCUCGGACCAAAGUAA